GCUCUGAGAGGUCACGACACAUGCAUGAGGUCACACAGCGCGUCUGGAAUUCCAUUUCAAGCCUGUCUUAGGAGGGCGCUCUCGCUGUUCCUUUGCCUGGUCUUGUGUCCCCAAGUGUGUAAUAUGAAGUAAGACCCAGGAUCUGCGGCCGGGAGUCCCGGCCUAAGGCGAGCGCAGUCUCCAGCCGCCCCACCCGUGGCUGGGGGCUCUGCGCAGGGAGCACGGCCGGUAGGGGGGAAGAGGCGUGCGGUAGGCAGCAGCGGGGAUGGAGGGAAGGGUGGGGGUCCGCCACCCGCCUGUGCGCGCCCAGUCCUGCCGCGUCCUGGGUGCGCGCCGCGCACCUGCGGGGCGAGUGCCCAGGAAGCGCGGCCGGGUGCGCGAGGGGUAGUUCCACCGGGAGCGUUGUGGGUGGGGCCCGCCGAGCCCGCCUCCCCGCCUCCCCGCCUCCCCGCCUCCCCGCCUCCCCCGGCGUUGCCCCAGGCUGCAGUGUUCGGGGCGCUGGGUUAUAAAAUGCCGGGUUAAGCAGCGACUCAGACUUAGGAUCCCGUUCACGACAUGGCCUCGGGCGCUCGAUUCCCGCCGCAGCCGUCGAGCUCAGAGGUCAGCGCAGUCCAGAGCCCAGGCGGGCGUCCAGGCGCCGGUCUGGAGGAAGCAGCCCUGGGCGUUCCUCUCCCGCCGUCUCCGGGGGAGGCCCCUCUGCCCCCGAGCACCCGGAGCAGGUGCCCUGGGACCAGCCAGCCCGGAGCGGCUUCCCUCCACGCGGCGUCCGCGACAGUCCCACUGCGGCCCUGGCGCAAUACGGCGCUGGCCGGGAGAACCGCAGACCCGGUCCCCGCCGCCGCCCCAGAGCAAGCUCCGCGGCCCGCACCACAGCCCCCCAAGCCGCGCAACCUGGAAGGCGUCCUCGACGAGCGCCGGCUGCUCUGCCACUUGCAGCUGGCCCAGGACCGCGAGGCGCGCCUGUGGCGGGGCGGCAAACCCCAGCGGGAUGAAGUCUGCAAUGCCUUCGAGGGAGUCGUGCUGUGGCUCCUGCGGCUUCAGAACAUCUUUUACCUCUCCCAGUCCACUUUUAACCUGGCCCUCACCAUCUUCAGCCGCCUCCUGAUUUCAGCGAAGGUAAAAGAGAAAUACCUACAUUGCGCCGUAAUUACUUCCUUGAGGCUUGCUGCGAAAGUUAAUGAAGAACAGGAGUUUAUUCCACAAGUAAAAGACUUCAUAAAGCACUAUGGCUCUGACUAUUCCCCGAAUGAGCUGCUAAGGAUGGAGCUGGCUAUUCUGGACAGACUGCACUGGGACCUCUAUAUUGGGACGCCGCUGGACUUCUUGACUAUAGUGAGUAAGGAGGCGUUUACAGAGUCUACCCUAAACUCGUUUGUGCCUUUGGAACAGCUGUUUACAACAUAGGACGGCAAAGCACAGGCGUACACACGCCCUUGCACAUGCACCACAGUGAGGUGACCCACAAGGCUCAUGACGUACGGGAGAGUGAAAAGGUAUCUUAAAUCCAACACAGUUCCACCAGACUCCCACUUCUAAAGGACAUUAAAUUAACUUUACAAAGAUUUUUAGACGGCACUAUUAUGGUGAGUUUCUCUUUUAAAUACACACUGCAAAAAUAUUUAACUUUCCAUUCUAUGAAUACUGUACAUAAAUAUCUGUCUGCUUUUGCUACACUUUACACACAUUCACUUAGCUGUCUUUAUUCACCUACACACAAUCCUUAUUGAGGCUUUAGACCAUAUUGAUCUG